UCUUUGUUAGCGCUUAAUUUAUAAUACAUCUUCAUAAAAUGAUUGGUUGAUGAGGCGUAUCAACACGAUCGUCACAAUAAAACACACAUUUAAGAAUGGAACACAGGGCAUAUUUUCAGGAGUGCUUGCUCACAGCAAUAUUGAUGAUGUCACUUAUAACGUAUGGAAAAUCAAGUCAUUUAUUGAACCAAAGACGAACCAGCGGGCGGUAUCUUAAUAUACAAGACCGUGUUAUAGAAAGUUGUCGCGGACAUUUCAUGUGCGAAGUGUUUCCAUAUUACGACUCGUUUGGACUAAACUGUUUGAAUGUUAGCAGAGUAUGUGAUGGUACCCGGCAUUGUCAAGAUGGCUCGGAUGAACUUCCUGUGAUGUGUUCCGGCUUCAGUAGGAAUUCAGAAGUAUGGAACAGAACUUUACCUGGUUCAAUCCAGGAACUGAGAGGCCCCAAUCAUCGUGUCCUGAGAAUCAUUCGGACUGGAGCAUCUAAUAGCAGCGCAUUACAAACAUAUGGAACCAAAAAGUGGAUUUAA